AUGUCAAAUGUGAACAAUCUUUGGAGACGGAAUAUUGAUAGAACUCCAACGCAGGAAGGAUUGAUAGGAGUUGAGCGAGAGGGCUCGGGGUCAGACAGGGAAGGAUCAAGCGUCCCGAACAUCCGAAUGCCUCUAACUCCGAACCCGUCGACCCGUUGCUCCUCCGGAAUUCGGCCAGUCAUCCCGCCUUUGACGCCCCGGGGUUCGCGGGCAGACAAGGACCAUAUGAUGGUUCAAAUGCGACUCGAAGAAAUGACGACGGAGGAUCGGUCUUCCUGCAGUGAAGACAACGACGACGACGACGUCACUGUGAGGUUCAACGGGGUUCGUCUUCCGGCGCGGGAGUCGCAGAAGUGUGGUAGCAGCACGUCCACCCGGGAUAGUGGGGUUUCGUCUGCGAGUUGCCGGGAACGGAUGCGAGGGCCGGAUACUCCUCACCACAGCAGUCUUCGGAGCGUUCAUUCGAAAGACGAAACCAAGUACCACGAUGCUCGGUCAAAACACGAACCGCCGGAACGGAAGAAAUCCGUGACAUUUCGAGCUGCGAACGUUCAUGACUCUCGUCGAAUGAGUUCAACAGAAAAACUACUUCCGCUUGAAGACCCAGACGAUAGACUUCAGCGACAAAAAAUGCGAUUGCACGACGCUGCUCAGCUUCCGACAAGAUUGCAACACGUUUCAUUGGAAUCAAGCUCUGAAGACGAGGAAUAUGAAGUCCAGUCUGACGAUGAAGAAGAAGACGACGAAGAUGAAGAGGAUGAUCGCUACUUGAACAAGAGUUGUGUGACUGGUGACGUCGCUGGCAAGUGCAGCGUUGGCUGCGGGUUAGUCGCGUGUUUUCCGCCGAGUCACGUGAACCUUGCAUCAACACCUUAA